AGAGGAGAGGAGAGGAGAGGAGAGGAGAGGAGAGGAGAGGAGAGGAGAGGAGAGGAGAGGAGAGGAGAGGAUAAGAAGAUGGGUUGUACAAGGCCUCUGAGAUUAUCACCUUGACCACUGUUGCUUCGGAUACUGUCACCGCAACUACCAUGGAUACCAUCUCACAGACAACCAGAAAGAGAGAGAGAGACAGAGAGAGAUGGAAAGACGCUGCAAGACUCACCACAGAAGCAAAAGAGAGAGAGAAACAGACACUUUCUCUCUCUCUCCAUUUCUCUCUCUCUAUCCCCUCUCUCCUCUCUCCAUAAUUUCUCUCUCUCUCCUCCGGAUAUGUAAAGAAUUGUUUUCUAAAGGAAUGGGACUCAAAAAGUGAAGAGACGAGGUGAAAGAGGAGAAGAGACUGGAGUGACUGCAGCAGGAAGAGAAGUGGAGGCAGUCACUGUCUGAACCAUGGAGGGAGAAAGGAGAGAAAGAGAUCACAAAAAAAGCUACAAAAAAAAAAGUUUCACGUUUUCUAUAUUAUGGAGAGUACUAUUAUAGUACUAUAUUAUACAGACUGGUAUCUCUGUAGUACUAUUAUACAGACUGGUAUCUCUGUAGUACUACAUUACAGACUGGUAUCUCUGCAGUACUAUUAUACAGACUGGUAUCUCUGUAGUACUAUUAUACAGACUGGUAUCUCUGUAGUACUACAUUACAGACUGGUAUCUCUGCAGUACUAUUAUACAGACUGGUAUCUCUGUAGUACUAUUAUACAGACUGGUAUCUCUGUAGUACUAUUAUACAGACUGGUAUCUCUGUAGUACUACAUUACAGACUGGUAUCUCUGUAGUACUACAUUACAGACUGGUAUCUCUGUAGUACUAUUAUACAGACUGGUAUCUCUGUAGUACUACAUUACAGACUGGUAUCUCUGUAGUACUAUUAUACAGACUGGUAUCUCUGCAGUACUACAUUACAGACUGGUAUCUCUGUAGUACUACAUUACAGACUGGUAUCUCUGUAGUACUAUUAUACAGACUGGUAUCUCUGUAGUACUACAUUAUACAGACUGGUAUCUCUGUAGUACUAUUAUACAGACUGGUAUCUCUGUAGUACUAUUAUACAGACUGGUAUCUCUGUAGUACUACAUUACAGACUGGUAUCUCUGUAGUACUACAUUACAGACUGGUAUCUCUGUAGUACUACAUUACAGACUGGUAUCUCUGUAGUACUAUUAUACAGACUGGUAUCUCUGUAGUACUAUUAUACAGACUGGUAUCUCUGUAGUACUAUUAUACAGACUGGUAUCUCUGUAGUACUACAUUACAGACUGGUAUCUCUGUAGUACUCAUUAUACAGACUGGUAUCUCUGUAGUACUAUUAUACAGACUGGUAUCUCUGUAGUACUAUUAUACAGACUGGUAUCUCUGUAGUACUAUUAUACAGACUGGUAUCUCUGUAGUACUAUUAUACAGACUGGUAUCUCUGUAGUGGUACAUUACAGACUGGUAUCUCUGUAGUACUAUUAUACAGACUGGUAUCUCUGUAGUACUAUUAUACAGACUGGUAUCUCUGUAGUACUACAUUACAGACUGGUAUCUCUGUAGUACUAUUAUACAGACUGGUAUCUCUGUAGUACUACAUUACAGACUGGUAUCUCUGUAGUACUAUUAUACAGACUGGUAUCUCUGCAGUACUACAUUACAGACUGGUAUCGCUGUAGUACUACAUUACAGACUGGUAUCUCUGUAGUACUAUUAUACACACUGGUAUCUCUGUAGUACUAUUAUACAGACUGGUAUCUCUGCAGUACUACACUACAGACUGGUAUCUCUGCAGUACUACAUUACAGACUGGUAUCUCUGUAGUACUAUUAUACAGACUGGUAUCUCUGUAGUACUACAUUACAGACUGGUAUCUCUGUAGUACUACAUUACAGACUAGUAUCUGUAGUACUAUUAUACAGACUGGUAUCUCUGCAGUACUAUUAUACAGACUGGUAUCUCUGUAGUGGUACAUUACAGACUGGUAUCUCUGUAGAACUACAUUACAGACUGGUUACUCUGUAGAACUACAUUACAGACUGGUAUCUCUGUAGUACUACACUACAGACUGGUAUCUCUGUAGUACUACAUUACAGACUAGUAUCUCUGUAGUACUAUUAUACAGACUAGUAUCUCUGUAUUACUACACUACAGACUGGUAUCUCAGACUAGUAUCUCUGUAGUACUACAUUACAGACUGGUAUCUCAGACUAGUAUCUCUGUAUUACUACACUACAGACUGGUAUCUCAGACUAGUAUCUCUGUAGUACUACACUAUGGACUGGUAUCUCUGUAGUACUACACUAUGGACUAGUAUCUCAGACUAGUAUCUCUGUAGUACUACACUAUGGACUGGUUUCUCUGUAGUACUACACUAUGGACUAGUAUCUCAGACUAGUAUCUCUGUAGUACUACACUAUGGACUGGUAUCUCUGUAGUACUACACUACAGACUGGAAUCUCCGUAGUACUACAGACUGGUAUCUCUGUAGUACUACAUUACAGACUAGUAUCUCUGUAGUACUACAUUACAGACUGGUAUCUCUGUAGUACUACACUACAGACUGGUAUCUCUGUAGUACUACACUACAGACUGGAAUCUCCGUAGUACUACAGACUGGUAUCUCUGUAGUACUACACUACAGACUGGUAUCUCUGUAGUACUACAUUACAGACUGGUAUCACUGUAGUACUACACUACAGACUGGUAUAGCUGCAUCCUAAAUGGCACCCUAUUCCCUAGGUAGUGCACUACUUUGGGAAACUGCAGACUAGUGUCAGUAUAUCAGACGAUUAGAGAGACAGACGAGUACAUCUAUAUUUCUAUCAAACUAGACAUUACACUCAUAGACCUUUUGUGAUAUAACGUGUGUGUGUGUGUGUGUGUGUGUGUGUGUGUGUGUGUGUGUGUGUGUGUGUGUGUGUGUGUGUGUGUGUGAUGGAGAGAGAGAAGUAAGGAACACAGAGGAGUGGGUAGAGUUGUGUAUUGACUUAUUUAUUAGAUCGUUUUGUACAUAGAGACAUAUCUGACUGUAAUCAAUCUAUGGGGCUCAAAUCACCUAUUCAGGGCAAACACCUACCACUGGACUACACUACCCACAACCCCCUGCUGUCUGUCAGGACUCGGGACCACACUACCCACAACCCCCUGCUUUCUGUCAGGACUACACUACCCGCAACCCCCCGCUUUCACUCAGGACUCUGGACUACACUACCCACAACCCCCUGCUGUCUGUCCGGACUCUGGACUACACUACCCACAACCCCCUGCUUUCUGUCAGGACUCUGGACUACACUGCCCACAACCCCCUGCUUUCUGUCAGGACUACACUACCCACAACCCCCCGCUUUCAGUCAGGACUCUGGACUACACUACCCACAACCCCCUGCUGUCUGUCAGGACUCUGGACCACACUACCCACAACCCCCUGCUUUCUGUCAGGACUACACUACCCGCAACCCCCCGCUUUCACUCAGGACUCUGGACUACACUACCCACAACCCCCUGCUGUCUGUCCGGACUCUGGACUACACUACCCACAACCCCCUGCUUUCUGUCAGGACUCUGGACUACACUGCCCACAACCCCCUGCUUUCUGUCAGGACUACACUACCCACAACCCCUGCUGUCUGUCAUGACUCGGGACUACAUUACCCACAACCCUCUGCUGUCUGUCAGUACUCUGGACUACACUACCCACAACCCCCUGCUGUCUGUCAGGACGCUGGACUACACUACCCACAACCCCCGGCUGUCGGUCAGGACUACACUACCCACAACCCCCUGCUGCCUGUCAGGACUACACUACCCACAACCCCCUGCUGUCUGUCAGGCCUACACUACCCACAACCCCUGCUGUCUGUCAGGACUGCACUACCCACAACCCCCUGCUGUCUGUCAGGACUACACUACCCACAACAGCCUGCUGUCUGUCAGGACUACACUGCCCACAACCCCCUGCUGUCUGUUGGUACUCUGGACUACACUACCCACAACCCCCUGCUGUCUGUCUGUCAGGACUGGACUACACUACCCACAACCCCUGCUGUCUGUCAGGACUACACUACCCACAACCCCCUGCUCUCUGUCAGGACUACACUGCCCACAACCCCCUGCUGUCUGUCGGUACUCUGGACUACACUACCCACAACCCCCUGCUGUCUGUCUGUCAGGACUGGACUACACUACCCACAACCCCCUGCUGUCUGUCUGUCAGGACUGGACUACACUACCCACAACCCCCUGCUGUCUGUCUGUCAGGGCUGGACUACGCUAACCAGAGUUCCUUGGCUCACAGACCAACCUCUAGCCUGGAAGUCAAAGGUGAUACUGUCGGGUCGUCAUGGGUACCGAUGUCCUGGGUGUGGUCGUCAUGGUUACAGACUUGGUCCAGUGGGUUUAGGACAUAUCAGGGUCUAAGAAAGGUCUGUCCAUAUCACACACGUUUUGUAGAGAUGGAAUGACAGUCUAGUGUUAUUAGAGCUGGGGGGAUCAGACAGGGAACAUCCCAAAUGGCACCCUAUUCCCUUUGAUAGUGCACUACUUUAGACCAGGUCCCCAUAGGGCUCAGUGCACUACGUAGGGAAUAGGGUGCCACUUAGGAAGUCUCCUCAGAGACCCUGUUCACCACUAUAUUUAAUAAUAAUAAUAAUAAUAAUAAUGUAUUAUCCUGUAACAGAGAGAAGUAAUGAACUGUUUAUUUCAGUAAAUCAAAUCGCUUGUUGUAAAUAAGCUAUAAAUGAUUGAAAUAAAUUCUAUAGAA